AUGUCUCACGAAGACAGUGUCACAACUUCGCAAUUUUUCUCUGGUGCAACUCCUGCUGAAAUUCAUUUAGAAGAAUCGUCAAGUGUUCUUCCCACAAUACUUACAAGUCUUGACGAAAAGAAAUUCGGCGAUUUUUUUGAAAUCAGCGAAACAAUUGAAUGGAUCAGAAAAAAUGACUACAAAAGGAUAGCGCUACAGUUUCCCGACGAGUUUUUGCAGUGUUCUCGAAGAGUAAGCGUUUUAAUAGAGGAUAAAACCGGCGCAAAAACGUAUAUUCUUGCUGAUACGUCAUAUCGGAGUUGUUGCAUUGACGAAGUUGCCGCAGCUCACGCUAUAUGCGAUGCUCUUAUUCAUUAUGGAGAAGCUUGCCUCAGUAUUCCAACCCUCAAUAUUCCUGUGAAGUACGAUUUUUCCGAAAUAUAA